AGUGUGAAACUCCCCCACCCUUUUCCUCCUUUAUUUCUGGAACAGACGCAGUGGUACAUUCUGUUUGUUGCCAAAUUAGCCUUUCAACUGUUUUGGUUUAUUUUUCUCAACUCCUAAUAGUUUUAUUGACCAGUUACAAACAGCUUUACCUUGGAGUCAGACUUGUUUUGUUCGUGAAAUGAAGACCUUUCCGACCUCGGCGGUCUGGUGUUUUGGGAUUCUGUUCAUCAGUGUUUCAUUGAUAAUGACAGGGUCGUCUGAGGUUCAGGUUGUUGGUUCGGCUGACCGAGUUGAUGCCUUAGCUGGUGAUGACAUCAUUCUACCAUGUUCCCUGAAACCCAAUAUUAGUGCUAAGGACAUGCUAGUGCAGUGGACAGGAUCGAACCUGACAACAACCAACAAAGUUCAUCUUUACCGUGACGGUCGAGACUCCAAUGAGGAUCAGUUUCCAUCCUACAGGGGAAGGACAUCAAUGUUUCAUGAAGAACUGAAGAACGGCAACGUCUCCUUAAAGCUGACCAGAGUUACUCUCUCUGAUACUGGAAGCUACAGGUGCUUCAUUCCAACACUGACCAUCCAGGUGAAGGAAACCACCGUUCAACUCUUUGUUGGUGCUGUAUCUCAGCCAGUGAUCUCUAUUGUUGGAACUAAAGACUGGGGGGUGGUCCUGAAGUGUGAGUCUGGAGGCUGGUUUCCUGAACCUGGGAUGGAUUGGCUGGACAGUUCUGGAACCAUCCUCCCUGCUGAUGGACCUCCAGAGAGACACAGAGACUCAGAGGACCUCUACGCUCUGAGACGACAUGUCACUGUGGACCAGACUGACACCAACAGGUUCACCUGUAGAGUUCACCAGACGGAGAUCAACCACCUGAAGGAGACAGAGAUUCAUGUCCCAGGUGAGGUCUUCAUUGGUUAA